AUGGCGAGAUGGUGCCUUAUGCUGGUUGUGGUUCUUGUGGUUGUUCACACCACUACAGCUGCCAGACCCGAGCCCAAAGCAGCCGGUCUUGACGACCAAAAGAACUUUGUUGCAUUCGGUGGUGUUGGAGGCUUCGCUGGAGUAGGCGGAGGUCUUGGCACCGGUCUUGGGGGUGGACUCGGUGGGCUUGGUGGGCUUGGUGGUCUCGGUGGUGGUGGACUCGGUGGGCUCGGUGGACUCGGUGGUGGAUCUGGGUUAGGCGGAGGUGGAGGUUUGGGUGGUGGAGUUGGUGGUCUCGGGGGCGCUGGUGGCCUUGGCGGUGGAUGUGGAAGCUGUCCUUGA